GGUUCCAAAGUGCCUGUUUCCAUGGCAUCCCCCCAGUCAUCAGCUCUGGCAGCACCACUGUAUGUCCAGCAUCUGGAAAAAGCUUUACGUUUGGAUCCAUUUCUCAGUUACUUAGAGGGUGUAUUUACGGGUCCUUUCUUGUCUAAUAUCAGGUAAUUGCAUCGCAAAUUUAUUUAUUUUUACUGGGCUAUAUCAGAAAGUUGCGUCAGCUGUGCAUAGUCGAUUAAUUAAACCUGAUACAGUGUAGUCUAUUAAAGGUACUUUUUUAAGUAAAGGGUUAUUUUUUAUGAAACAUAAGCAGAGGUAAAUUGUACGUCAGCACAAGCACCUCCGAUGGUGAUACACUAAGAGAUCGCAGUUUUUAUAUCAUUUUGUUAUCAAUGCUGAAAGUGAUGGGAUUUCGGUACAUAGAGAAAAAUCUUGAUGGCAAAGGAAGUGGGGGAGGGAGAGGGAGUGUUUACAAAACAGUGUCCGUCCGAAGAGAACUGUGUGGAUUUUGGAGAGACAAAGAAAAUGUGUACAUAGGGGAAAGCUUGAUCAGCAGAAGCAACUCAAGGUGAAGGUGCUGGGUUAUUUUCAAAAGAAACUAUGGUGCCGUGUGAGUGAGGGAAGGAAACAACAAAUUGAUAAAGUCAGUUUAUCACUUUAAGAAAUUUGAAAAGCUGACCCUUUAAGCACAAGGCCUUUUGUCAGAGUGAAUGGUGCUAUCAAAGAGCACAUCAUAGCAUCUUUUUAUGGUGGUAAAUUGAUCUCAUAGUUGAAAAUAAAUUCCGAUUAAAAUAGUUUUAUCCUAGUGUGCUUCUCAGUUUUCUUUGUCUCUUAACCCUUAUUACAGACAUAGAGAAUUACACUUGAAUUUUAUUUAUGACUAACUUAUGUUUUUUGCAUUCAUCAAUCCUGACCUUUCAAGUUGCUAUUUUUGCCCAUACUUUAGCUGCAUAUUAAAAAGAGGAUAACUUUUCUAGCCAGGAAUUGUGAGCAAUCUUUAUGUUGUUCUGUUGUAGUGAAGAUGACAGUGAACUAAGCGAGAAUGAUGCUGAAGCUCCUGCCAAAGGUGAAAGCCUUUUAAAUGGGGACAAAAAUGGCUUGAUGAUAAAUGGAUCCUUGAGUCGGGAUGGUUAGUUGGCCUCUUUGUCAAAAUGAAGCAGAAUUACAAUGUUUUGAUUUUAUACUGUGUCUAGGAUAGGAAGGGUCAGGGAGUGUACAGUGUAUCUGUUGGGUUGAUAUGUAGCACCCAGAGGCAGGACUAGCAAGCCUUGCUACAGUGUAAGUUAAGAUAUAUCCCAACUGCUGUUUACAGUCAAGCGUACCCCCCUAGAUGCAGUUACUGAUUAAUAUCUGUGACAUCAAACUUCUAGCCUGAGAAAAGAACCAACAUUUUGUGACACUUCUGCCAGUCUCCCUGCAAAAUGAUGCAUGAGCAGUGAGUACAGAAAUUCCACACUGAUGACGCAUCACUAACCAGAUCUAGUUAGUGCUUCUGAUUGAUCGUAGCAAAUUUCCCUCUUGGCAUAACCAAUCAGAAGCACUACCCAAAUCUGGGUAGUGACACGUUAUCAGUAGUGAAUUUCUCAACUCAUUCCUCAGAUGUCAUUUCAUGCGGGAAACCAGUGGUGGCAUCAUGAAAUGUUGUCUGUUUUGUCAGGCUAUCAAAGAUCGGGCUGAUAUCCUGUUAAAUCACCCCCAUCCUAGUGAAUGAUAUAAGUUACUGUCUCAAACAUAGAUCUCCACUAGCAGCAAUUUUACUGCGGAUACCUAAGAUUUAUUAAGGUAUUUGCAGGAAGUACCUCUGGGAGUAUAUUUGAAUAUUAAAACCAGUAACGUUUUCUUUUGCAUGUGUUUUGUCCAGAGCUCCGAAUUGACAAAACAAGACUGUACAACUUUGCCAAAGUGAAAAAAGAUAGGAGAUGGCUGAAGGUAAUAAUAUUAUCUUGACUGUUCUAUUUUGAUUAUCUGUAUGAAGAGUGGCCCAGGUAAACAAACAAAACAGGGGAAAUAAGUUUAUGAACAACCUCCAUCUUGGUUGUAAUGCAUGUUCAGGAGUAUAUUUUGGUCACUAAGCUUAUUUUUGUAUAGACUGCAAAUGCAAGUGGUCAUUGUCAAAAACUGUUAUGUGCCUGUACCCUGGAAAGCAUUUUGUGGCAAAAAAUCUCAGUCUUCAGCUGCAAUGCUUUUUCUGGCUCAUUAAUUUGUCUCACCUACCAUGCAAGAGUGGCUUACAAGACAGUGAUUCUGUACAAAGUUUGACACUGCUUGGUUUGUGGAAACAAAAAUAUUGGCUUGCUAUAUAGUUCAAAGCUUUUUGACGAAAAAAUGUAGUGGUUGUACCAACCCCCAUAUGAUUAGAGACAUACAAACAAUGGGGUAACAAAUGAGGUAACUUCAGAGAACAAAAUAAUCCACAUCCCUCCCACUCCCCUCCAUUUAAAAUUGGCAUGUUUGUUGUUUUCUGCUGGUACAGUGUAGUUCAAACAGUGACAAAACAUUGCCUGGAGUGAGGUGGAGUAGAGAAAGCUUUAGUUUUCACUUUAAGUUGACAAAACGUCAGAGAGGCUCUUUAGGGCAAAGUGUCUCAACUAAUUUUGUCACGACUGUAGUUACUGUGUAUAUAAAAGAAUUAGCCAUGGGUUUAUACACUAACUACGAGACAUUUAUUUUAAAACCCUUGGAACUACAUUUUUGUGUCGAUAUCUCAUAUUACCAGGAGGUGCUUUUGAGUGACAGCUCAGACACGUCAUGCGAUGAGGAUGAUAAAGCACCACUGACAGACGAAGAUCUUCAGGAGAUGCUUUGGUUACACAAACAUCAGAAAAUUGCACAGCAGAUGUAUGGCUUUGACAAAGAUGUAAGCUAUUUCCUUGCUCAAUACUAACAGUGUGAUUAUGACAAAAAAAUACCAGAAGAAUUUAACCCUUCCACCGUUUUCUUCAAGUUGUGAUGGGGAUCAUGUGGUAAAAAUCCGUCGAGCAGUUUAACCCUGGUAAAACUUGCCAAGUUUGAAAGUGAUGCAUCUAAAGCAAGCAAUGGUACAGCUCCUUAAAGUUGCAAAACGUUACAGACCUCUGUAGGGGGGACGGGGAGGGGGGGUUGGGGGCUAUAAGUUGGUCCCCUCCAUCAAACGUAUGUCUGUAGAAUUUUGUGACUUUGCGGAGCUAUAUCUUUUUUUAACAAAUAACUCUCAAACUUGGCAAUUUUACUAUUUUUAGGCUUUCUUUUCAGCAAUGUCAAUGAAUUUUCACUUACUGAUCCAUGCUGAAAAUUUAAAAAAACCAUGAACGGGUCUGUUAAUAUCAAUAGUGAUGCAAUACCAUAUUGCCAUCAGGUCCUGUCCCUGGGUUUAUAAUGUCCAAUUUACUGUUGGUUUUUUUUUUCAGACUUGUAAUAUACCAAGAUGUUCUUAAGUAUAUAGCAACGCAAAAAAAUACUAUUAUCUAAUAUGAAUACUUUGUUUUAUCAUACAGCUGUGUAGGUACCAAUUUUACAGUGCCAGCUUGCUUUCAAAUCAGGACAAGUACCAUGAAUAUCAGAAACAGUCUGGAUCCAAGAAGCUGAAAAGAAAAAAGUUAAAAGACGGUAUGCUUUUCUGUAUUCAUGAGACUGUCAGGUUGGCUGCCAGGAAUAUCUAGGGGUUACCACUUUUGAUAACCAGCCCUGAGGUUGAAUAGUUCCCCCAUGGCUGCCACGAGCCCAAACCAGCCAUCAGACCCAAAGCAAAGAAACAAGUCCUUGUCACACUGAAAUAUCAGUUACUCUUUGAUGGUGCCCAAAAUUUUGAUUGGAACUGCACCCUCCUCAGAAAGAUUUAUGGUAGACUAGCUAUGCAGGAAAAUGUCCAUUCAUGUGUAUGCAGGUGGGCAUUUUCUGGAAUUCAUGUUUGUUCAGUUCAGUUCAUUUUUAUUUAGCCAAAAUAUACUACAAUACAGGAAUACAAAUAGGAUUAUUGUAAGUUGGCAAGGGAGCCCAGAAGAAACUAGGCCCCAGUUGUUGAAAAGUUGGAUAGCGCUAUCCACUGGAUUAAUCACUGUCCAACGGAUAAGUGUCAGGGAAACCUAUUGCGCUAUCCAGAGAAUAGAGAUUUAUCGGAUGGAUAGCAUUACCCACCUUUUGAACAACUGGGGCCAGAAGGCUAAUGAAUCCUGGGCUUCCCAGUCACAAAGAAGUAAUAAAAGUAUGCCUGGAUUCAUUAUGACCUCCAUAUUGGCUUCAACCUUGCUUCUGUUUCUCUUAGUGUAGCUGUUUUGACCAGCUAUUGUCAACCAUCUUUAGUUGACGACUACUGAGGGAAAUAAGGGACGUGGUAGUACAUGUAGAUCAUGUAAACGGAGUCGUCAUGCAUUUCUUAACCAAGCUGACCAAUUUUUUUUUUGUCAGGCAAAGUGAAACUUCCCAAAGAAAAGAAAGAAAAGGACAAACUAAAAGUAAAGAAGAAAAAGAAAAAGACUGAUGAAUUGGUAAGUUAUUAACUUGGCAAUCAGAAUAAACAAAUCUUCAAUUUUUUUCUGCAAAAUACUGAUAACGAGGUGCAAGUUUGAAUAUGUCAUACUUCUGGUGACUCAUUUAUCUUAUUAUAUAUUUUGUGCUUUUGUGUUAUUUGUAGGAUGAUGACCAGAGACAGCUGACAUUGGAAGAAAGGAUUAUCAAGAAAACUCUGAUCAGACGCAAGGAAGCUGAUGCUAAAAGAAGAAAGUUAUGGGCUCUGAUUGUCAGGAAAGAGAUACCAAGGGUAAGAAGACUGUUGAGAGUAAUGCUCUAGCCAUGACAUUCGUAGGAACCUCUGCUGUGUUUUCAUUGGCAUUUGAAAACGAGCCUUCCAUUCUUUUUAUAGUUAGGGGUAUUGUUCGGUUCAUUUAUCUUAAUUUCUUUAGAAACUUAAGCAAUUCUCAAACGUAGGUUGAGUUUGAUCGUCCAGGUAAACGUAGUCCUGACUCUGAAGAUGACUCCUGCACAGGUUGUCGAAAUGUCAGUCACUGUCAACAACAACAGUCCUGUUCAGGACUGGGACCCCAUGUAACAACCCGUAAUUUUUCACCCAGACCAUCAAAGUUUCAACAAACAUUUGUAAAAUAACUCCUGGAUUCAAACCUUUAAAAAAAAAAAAAAAAAAAAAAGUUAAACAAUCUCAUUCAAAUAAAGAGAAAUUUAAGCUUUGUGGGACCCCCAUUGCUAAAGCCCACAGUUGAAAUGAAAAUGGAACGAAAAUUGGAGAAUGCUACAAAACAACCCGUUUAUUUGUAAUUUUCAGAAUAAGCAGCCCCGAGUGGGGAAAUCAGGGGUGAUUACUGCUCAAACAAAGCGCAGAUUCUUAAAUGGAGCAAGAUUCAGGUUAGGGGGUGAAAGGGGUUUCAAUAUGGUUAUUUUGAGGGUUAGUUUGAUGUAUUUUGGGGAGGUCUAAAACAGUUACUGUCUCGUGCAUUUUUGGGAUGACAGAGAUGAUCAAGUCAAUCUGGAUGAUUAUAUGGAAACCAGGCCUUACACUAAAACCCAACCCAUGUAAGGAACACUUAAUGAAACACUUGUCUUAACAAAAUUGCUCUCUUCUCAAAAUGUUUGUUCUAUCCUAACUUAUCUUGGAUUUUUUUCCCAGGCUCACAGGCAAAAAUCCUCUGCCAGGAACAACAUGCUUGCCAACUGCAAAAAGGUGAGUUGGGGAAAGAUUUGCAGAUACUUACUUGUAAAAAACCCCAAACUAACUUUCUGAGUAUCAAGUUUUUGUAAAGUAAAGUGGUAUUCAAAAAUAGGGUAUUGCCAAAUAUCUGUAACCAGAUGCAUCUACUAUUGGUGUUUUGUAAACAAGUGGUAAAAUUAAUGUGAGUAAUCAUGAGUACGUGUACAUGUAGUGUUGGUGUUUUGAUCAUAUGGGAUCAAAUACAUCUAAUGAGUUAAAAACAAAAGGAAAAUAUAUAUUUGACCCAAGGAUAAUGGGGUUGAUUUUCUCUCCAUGUAUAGCUUGCUCAACUUUGCCAGAAGGAAAUGCGCAGAGAAGCUCAGAGGUCUCAGAAGGUGACGUUACAGACUGCACCUAAAGCCAGAAGACUUUGUAGAGAGGUAUGGACAUCAACACAUCCUUAUCAAUCUACUAGUACCAUGUUUCCACUUUAAGCUUCCAGUGUCAAAAAGCCCUCUGCCUUAUCAUCCUCUUCCUUGAACUCUGAAGGUGCACCCCUUGAAGCACAAAUUGGCCUUUAAAAACAAGAGAAAGGGAUUUAAAGUAUUAAAAAACAAGAGAAAGUCUCCAUGGUUUCUGCAAAACUUUUUUUAUUUUAAGAUUAAAAAUGAAGACACUUUUGAAACAGUUUGUCUCCGUCUGAAGACACUUUGAAACAACCUAACUUUUUGCAAGACCAGAUCAGUCACUAACAAUAAAGACCUUACUCUAGGUAAUUGAGGUAUAUUUCAAUGAUGGAAACUUACUAGUCCAUUUGACAAAUUGUUACUGUGUUCAUGUAGAUGUCACACAUAUGUUAAGUUCUGGUAUAUGUACUUCAUUUUCUCCUGAAACGUUUUGAUUACUUACAGCAGAAUAGAGAAUGCAAUAAAAUUUUUGUCUUCACUUUUACACCAGAUGCUACUCUAUUGGAAGAAAUAUGAGAAAGUGGAAAAAGAGCACAGAAAGAGAGCAGAAAAGGAAGCAAUGGAACAGCGAAAACUUGAUGAUGAGUUCAGAGAGGUGAGGAUUGUCCAAGUGUGUUGAUUCGUUGAUUGGUGAAUGUAUUGUUGAUGUUUAAACUUCCAAGUGCAUUGUCUAAUCUGAAGUGUAUUUCAGUUUAAUGCAUUUGUAUGCAUUACUCAACAUAAAAGAAUCCCUUGUAAAAGGAGACAGAUAUCUUCAAGUUUCUUAAUGGCACAUGUACAUGUACAUGUACAUUGUGAAUCUCCUAAGGCUUUUUUGUUUGGUUAUUUUAGGCCCGAAGGCAACAGCGGAAACUGAAUUUCUUAAUAACACAGACUGAGUUGUAUGCUCAUUUCAUGAGCAUAUAAAAAA